UUCACGCAUGCGUAUUAAAGCAGAAAAGCCAUCAUGGCGAACCGAAGUUAUUGGUUGACAGUUUGUAGGAUAUAAAAGUGAUACAGGUAAUGGAGAGCUUGGUAUUUGACCUCGAUGACGUGGCUGGUCCGGCAGAGAGUAGCACAGAUCCCCCAGACAAACCUUCACCUAGCGCCGUCUCCAGCCCUCUCUUAGAAAAUGGUGGAGUUUUGGAUAGCCCCAAAACAGGCAAAAAGAAAAAGUCAGCUUUAUCCAGACUUGCCGAGCAUAAAGGUAAAAGGAAAGGCAUGGGACAAAGUGACACAGAAAGUUUGAGUGGAUCUAGAGCAUCGUUAAAUGAAAAAGAAGACAAAGGUCUUACAAACACUGAAGACACCGACAACCGAGAGCAGCUAAAUGGCCAGGCAGAUGACAAUGAAAUGGGUUCACAGUCUAGUCUUAAUAGUGGGAGGAGAAAAAAGAAAUCUGCUCUGGCGAGGUUGGCAGCUAAAAAACGAGAGGGAUCAAACACAUCUCUGAGGUCCGAUACUGCAGUGGAGGAGGAUAAAAAUGCUGACGUUGAAAUGGUGAUAGAUGAUGAGACUUGGCAGGGGCAGCACUCCCAGUCAGAUCUCCUGGACGAAUCCAAGGGGACCCCUAAGGCAAAAUCUGCCAAAAUACCAACACCUGAGGAUAUAUUCAAAGAUGCGGAUGAAAAAGAACUAGCUGAGCUUAAUCAAGUAAAUGGUGACAAGCCAUACAUAAAAACGUCCACUGUGAACAAUCAGCCUGUUUUAGGCAAUAGCAGGUUUCAACCACAUCCCCCGGAAACUUCAAAUAUUCAAGGUACCCCACAGCCAGCUCGGCGGAGAAAUCUCAUACCCUUAUCUAGAGAGGCAGCGUCCGAUUAUGAGUCUGGCGGGAGCAUGGCGAGUGUGAAUUCUGUAGGACAGACUGAGGGCAUGGCUCUCAAUCCUCCACAAGCUGCUGGCACAGUUGACAAAGCACUAGCACCUCAACCUGUUGACAAGGAACCUGAAUCAAGUUCAAAGUUCCAUGAUCAAUUAAAAGAGCGCUGGUCAGCAGAAAAAGAGGAAGAAAAGGAGGAGGAGGAAGUAAACAAAGAGGAGACAGAUAGUGAAUCAGAACUGACAGAACAAUAUGCCAAAUUAUUAGACAACACACCUGAUAAAACUGAUAGCAAAGACAGCACAUUAGGUUUUACUCCUCUUAAACCACCAGUUGGAAAGAAUGUGCUGCCACCAUUGCGGCCGACAAACACCCCUCCACCUCUGUCGAAAAAUAUGACCUCUUUUUCAUUAAAGACAUCCUAUAAAACGGACUCUCCCUUACGGACAGGUACCUUGGAUGGACUGUCGCACCAGACGUCAGCGUCUACUGGGAUUCUGAAGAUGUUGUCCACGGCACAACUCAGGGAAAGGAACUUUUUAAUUGGCGGAAUGACCGGUGCUACAUCUCUGAUGGGAACCUCAGAACUUGACCGCCACCUGGUGGACAGACAGGUGCGUGUGUUUGUUGGUACCUGGAACAUGGCGGAACAGAAGGGUCAUCCUGAAUCUAUAGAUGACUUUCUACUGCCAGACAACAUCAUGUUUGCUCCAGAAAUCUAUGUUAUUGCAACACAGGAGAUGGACACAGACAGGAAAGCCUGGGAAAUCAAGCUCCAGGAAACUCUGGGGCCUCAGUUUGUACUGUUACAUUCAGCAAUCCACGGUUCUCUACAUAUAUCAUUAUUUCUACAGAGGGAACUCAUCUGGUAUUGCUCAGUUUGUGAAGAGGAUCGUGUGACCACACGUGCGUUUGCCAUGAUCAAGACCAAAGGUGCUGUGGUGCUGUCAUUUACUCUCUUUGGAACAUCUUUCCUGUUCCUGGGCUGUCACUUUCACUCUGAUGAUGACAAGGAGCAUGACAGAGUGAGGGAUUACAAUGAAAUAAGUCAAGGCAUAGCUUUACCAAGGACUGUGAUCACAAACCCAUACUCUAUGCAAAAAGAUGCCACUGCCAGGUUUGACUGUGUAUUCUGGUGUGGAGAUCUCAACUUCAGGAUAGACCAUCCCAGAGAAAAUGUUGUCAAUCUCAUCAAUACAUCUGCUGAAGAUGAACACCCCAAUUAUGAAGUUCUACUUAGUAAGGACCAACUUAAGAGACUGCAAAAUGAAGGUCUCAUAUUUGAUCAUUUCCAAGAGGGCAGAAUCUGCUUCCCACCUACCUACAAGUUUGAUAUUGGCACAGAUGACUAUGAUACAUCUCCAAAGCAGAGGAUUCCUUCAUAUACAGACAGAAUACUAUUCCGCAGCAAAAAGAAGAAUGCGAUCUCUUGUCUUGUGUAUGACAGUGUCCAGUCCUUCACCUUUUCCGACCACAAGCCAGUGUAUGGGCUGUAUGAGGUGACCAUCAGGCCUGGCAGAGACAAUAUUGCACUCAAUGCCGGGCUGUUCAAUAGGGAGGUGUAUUUAGAAGCAAACAGAAGGCGAGGUUUUCACAUGGACAAGGCACGCUACCAGAAGAAGCCCCCGAAACCACCUGCCCCAAAAUACGGACAGAAACAAAGCAGUAUAUGUUCUAUACAAUAGUUUUAUUGCUUGGUACAGUCAGUUUUGAACAUGUCAUGUUCACGAGUCAAAGAGGAAUAUUUAAAUUAAGAUUAUAAAGAAAAAGAAAUUUUACAAUCAAUUGUAGUAAAAUGUUAUGUGUUGUUAGAAUACUAGCAGUGUUUUUACAUAAAUGAUUUAGAUUUCACACGACAGUGCAAUGUGGGCAUUUGCUUCAUUUUUAUGAUUUAUAUCAUGUAUGCAGCUGCUUGAAUUUAUUUAUUUUGAAAAUGAAAAUCUGACUUUAACUGCAUUAAUAACAUUGAUGUGCUGGAAGAUUAAUUUUUUUUCUAGCAGAUGUGAUCUCUUCAUCAUUUUAUGUACAAAGAAAAAAACAACAACGAGCUUUGUUUUAUAUCAUUGUUUUAAUAUAUGUUUCUGUGAUACCAAGGUAUUUAAGACAUAAUUAUGAUGUAUCAGUACAUGUAGUUAUGAACGUAUAGGAUUUUAAUAAUCUUUCAUUAAAAGCAUUGUUAUGCAACACAAAGUCUGCUUCACAUAAAGUGUCAAACACAUUCA